UCGAAGUAUGCUACAGAGCAAAUGAGAUUUCUGCCAGGUUUGAGAAAAGCUGUCAACGCUUCUCUUCCAAAUCAGGCCAGAGUUUCUUCGGUUUCCGCCGCCAAUGGCCGCCGCUGUUUGUUGACCGACCACUCUGAUCCUAGCUACUCCGCACGGUUUGGCAUUGCGUUCGACAUUGAUGGCGUUAUUUUGCGAGGCGAAAUUCCCAUCGGAGACUCUCCGCGGGCAUUGAAAAGAUUAUAUGAUGAUUCUGGUAACUUGAGAAUUCCCUAUGUUUUCUUGACCAAUGGUGGCGGUGUACCUGAAUCUGAAAGAGCAGCGGAGUUGAGCAAAUUAUUAAACGUCCAUAUACUUCCUUCACAGGUUAUACAAGGACAUUCACCUUUCAAGCAGCUUGUGGGAAGAUUUGAGAAUGAGCUCAUUAUUGCAGUUGGAAAGGGAGAACCUACAGCAGUGAUGUCUGAAUAUGGUUUUAAAAAUGUUCUCUCCAUGGAUGAAUAUACAUCUUAUUUUCAACAUAUUGACCCAUUGGAAAAAUUUAAGAACUGGAUGAACCAAAGGGCUGCCCAUGGGAAAAGCUUUUCCAAUGAACUUCCCCGAAUUAUUAAUCCAUGUUCAGAGAGAGUACAAGCUGUUUUCAUUGUUAGCGAUUCUGUAGAUUGGAGCAGGGACAUCCAGGUUUUAUGCGAUAUUUUGAGCACUGGAGGUCUUCCUGGAAGUGAGAUAUCAAGCCAACCACCUCUAUAUUUUGCGAAUGAUGACCUUUCCUAUCAAGGCCUAUUUCGUACCGAACGCCUUGGAAUGGGAGCAUUUCGGAUUGCAUUAGAAUCUGUUUACAACAGAAUUUACUGCAAUCCUCUGGAGCACACCUCAUACGGCAAACCAACUCCAUUUGUAUUCAAGAAUGCUGAAAAUGUAUUGACCCGACUACUACCUUCCAGCAUAGACCAUACCGAUAAAAAACCAUAUCCUUUCAGAAGGUUGUACAUGAUCGGAGACAACCCCUCAGUCGACAUUAAAGGGGCUAGGCAGGCAGGGCAUCCCUGGUUUUCAAUCUUGACGAGGUCUGGGGUUUUCAAAGGAAAUGAAAAUGACCCGUCGAAUCCUGCAGAUCUGGUUGUUGAGACAGUAGAAGAGGCAGUCGAUUACAUAAUGAGGAAGGAAGAAGAGGAGGCACUGAACUAAUUUAUUUAUGGGCAUAUGAUCAGACAACGCAGGUACAACACAACAUCUAAUAAGCAAUGUCUAUGCCUGCCUGCCUGUGCCUGUGGAUUCUUAUGGAUGCAAAUACUAUAGUAUUCGAUUCGGUAUUUGUGAAACGAUUCAAAUAUGCGAUUUGAUAUUUGAUUUGUUUCAAAUAUUAAAUGCGAUUUGUAUUCAAUUCGAAAUUGUGUUAAAAAUUAUUCGACUUGAUUUGAAUAUUUUAUUUGAA